GAAGCGCGAGAGCGCACGGGAACUCCCCGACAGCAACAAAUACAAAAAUCAAAACCCAUCUCGCACUUAGGCGGUCAAAGGGCGUCAUGGAAGUUUCCAGCCAUAGCCUAUUCCUCUUGCAGCAGCUGAACAUCCAGCGGGAGUUUGGCUUCCUAUGUGAUUGCACCGUUGCAAUUGGCAAUGUCUACUUCAAGGCUCACCGUGCUGUCCUGGCUGCCUUUUCAAACUAUUUCAAGAUGAUCUUCAUCCAUCAGUCGAGCGAGUGCAUCAAGAUCCAACCCACGGACAUUCAGCCGGACAUCUUCAGCUACCUGCUGCACAUCAUGUACACGGGCAUGGGCCCCAAGCAGCAGGUGGACCAGAGCCGGCUUCAGGAGGGCAUCAAGUUCCUGCACGCCUAUCGGCUGUACCGCAGUGGGGCGGAGAACGGACAGGAGGCCCACGCCGCCAAGAUGUCCAACCUCUACGGCAUCCAGAUCUCCCAGUCGGCGGCCAAAGAUGGCCUGGGUCUGAAGGAGGCCCGGUCGCAGGGCGUGGAGGGGGAUCCCGCCAGCGGGCGGGCCGAGCGGUGUCAGGUCCAGCGCUCCCUGGCCGUGGGGUCAGAGGGGACGUCGUCGGACAGACGGCGGCCCCCAAACCCGCACGACGACACGGAGGCCUCCGACCUGUCACUGAAGGUCAAGAAGGAGAGGGUGGAGAUGGAGGUGUCGGGGAAGCCCCGAACCACCUCCCCCGUCACGGAGAGCCGCAGCCCGGGUCUCGUGAAGGACGGCCCCCAGGCGCUCUACUGCCAGUACUGCGGGGAGCGCUGCGGCUCACGCCAGGGCCUGCGGGAGCACCUGUUCGCCCACGCCACCAGCUCCCUGCCCUUCGCCGUGCCCGCCGCCAUCUUAGGGAGUGGCGACCCGGAGGAGGCGGCCAAGGUCCGGGAGGAGCUGGAGGGCCUGGGGCAGGGGCAACCUCUCCAGAGCUGCGGGGCGGAGAAGAGCCCCGGCCGGCCGGAGCAACUGGAGGAGGCGCUGAGGCAGAGCCGGGUCCUGUCCGAGGAGCUGGCGGAGGAACUGAAGGGCCGGGUCAGCCCCGGGGCCCGCAGGAGGAAGAUCGCUUGUGCCAUCUGCAGCCUCAAGUUCGCCCAGAAGAGCCAGCUGCAGGAACACAUGUACACCCACACCGGGAAGCACAGCCGCUACCACCGCUACAACCGCUUCUGCAGCCAGCUGAUACAGGCCUCCCAGCACUUCUGCGAGAGUCAGCCCGAGUUCACGGCGGAAGAUACCGGAAGGGACACUCAGGACAAUGUCAGCUCCUGCUACUCACUAGACUCUGAGAUCUCCCAAGAAAGCAUCGAUACCGUUGUCGUAGAGUGAAGCCAAACCAAAUCCGCUUGCCAGUAUUGUAUUCUGGGGCAAUUUCUAGAUAUCUACUUAUGACACAUCAUUUUAGUUACCGUUAAGACUUUAUUUCCUGUAAACAUAUCUUCCAAUCUUGUGACACGACCAAUGUCCUGUUUUGUCUCUCUAUUUCUGUGUGUGUGUUCCUUGAAGAUGUUGUAGGUUUCAGUGAGUAUGUUUUUUUUCCAACAGUCAAAGCUAU